CUUGUUUGAUGUUACUCAUAACGAGGUUUCUCUGCCGUAGCAAUCUGUCCCCAAUUCCGAGUCUGAACCGCCAUCAUCUUCUACCGCAGAGCUCGUCACCCGAGCACUGAACUAUGGCUAUAGGGAAAUGGAACCCUUUUGGUCAACCUGUGCUACAAACCACCAGCGACCAUCCCGUCGCGCAACCGUUGCCAAUCCCUUGCCCUGAUGGAAAACAGUUUGGCCUGGAGAAUUUUGGCAACACAUGUUAUGCCAACUCUGUUCUACAAGCCCUAUAUUUUUGUAGUCCCUUUCGAGAUCUCAUAAUUCAGCAUGCAGAUCCAUGCGCCGUUAUCCAAGAAGCCCUAUCCUCCCAGUUCACUCCCAGUGCCGCUCCCGCCUCCCCAACUGUUGCUGCCCGUAGGAAGCAAACAGAGCCCCAGUCUGUACAAGAAUCUCCCCAAAAACCCGGUAUCGUAAAACCUCCAACGCCACCGAUCCCCUCAUCACCACGGACCUUGAUGUCAGCACUUCGCUCCUUGUACAUUCACAUCUCUCAGAACCCAGCUGACAAAGGCACCAUCGCCCCCCGAGCAUUCAUAGACAAACUCAAAGAAUUAAAUGAGGCGUUUAGAAAUACAAUGCACCAGGAUGCUCACGAAUUUUUAAACUAUCUCCUCAACAAGAUUGUUGAGGAAAUAGAAGAAGAAAAGAAACUCGUACAGGUUCCUCUAGAUGAUUCGGCUCAUUCCGUCAAAUCAUCAUCUACAACCUCGCAACCGUUGGUAAUGACAGCAAGCACGUCGAGCUCUGGCAAUCCCCCGACGGGGGCUACAUUUAUACACCAGAUAUUCGAAGGUACACUGACUAGCGAAACUCGAUGUCUGACAUGCGAGAAUGUAUCUUCACGUGACGAAUCAUUUUUGGACCUCUCCAUAGAUAUCGAACAGAACUCGAGCGUGACAGCAUGUCUUCGACAAUUCAGCGCUAGUGAAAUGCUCUGCCAGAGAAAUAAGUUUUUCUGCGACGGAUGUUGCGACCUCCAGGAAGCGGAAAAGAGGAUGAAGAUAAAGCGACUGCCCAAUGUUCUCGCUCUACAUCUUAAGCGCUUCAAGUAUCAAGAAGAUGUACAAAAGUACAUCAAGCUGGCUUAUCGCGUUGCAUUUCCCUUCGAGCUCCGCUUGUUCAACACUAUUGAUGAUGCUGAGAACCCUGAUCGACUGUAUGAACUCUUCGCCAUAGUAGUUCACAUCGGAAACGGGCCAAACCAUGGUCACUAUGUCAGCAUCAUCAAGACGUUGGGUACCUGGCUUGUAUUCGACGAUGAAACAGUGGAGUCGAUCAAAGAAUCCGACAUAACCAAGUACUUCGGCGAAUCCAAUUCGGGCUCCGCCUAUGUGCUAUACUACCAAGCUGCGGAUUUAGACCUCGCCGCCCUUGAUCUGUGUCCGACAAAUCCACGUGCUCCUGAGGAGCAUUCACAUCAAGGACUCCCUACAGAUUCUCCCGCAUCGCUCUCACAACCUAUACCAUUGCCACCUGGGCUGUCUACAGAACCUGCAGAGGCAGAAGAUGCCGAGACUGCGUCUCUACUGCCCCCACCGUCUUUACCCAUUAAUAUUCCCGUUUCUCCUGCUGAGAUAUCACCACGUAAACUUCCCUCGGAAUUUAUGAAACCUAGUCUUCCCUCGGUACCUCCGUAUCAUGCAUCAAUCGGUCGUAGCUCGUCACUGCAACCGCCCUCGCCAGCUCGUAAUGGCAUACUCAGACAUGUCCCCUCACUGAAGGUUGGUGCAGACAAGCGCGACACUGCUGCAAAAUCCACUGCUCCCUUCCCCAAGGCCGAGCCAUCAUAUCCGCUGUCACCUGUUUCACCUGUCCCUACUCUUCUGAGUCCGAACGGCAAGGAAAAGGAAACAGAGAAGAAGAGCACCAACUGGUUCCGAAGGAAAAGUCUUAAAUCGGGAGGGAAGUCAGGUCCAAGUUCGGAGGCCGAGGCAAAGAAGAUUCCAUUGCCUCCUGUCGUUCCUUCGGAUGUGUCAUCAUCACCGUCGAGGUUCCACACUACCGGGUCGACACCGAAGCAUUCCAUUGAUAAUGAUGGUUCUGGACAUCCUUCGGAGCCGGCAGGUCUUGAUCGUCCUGUAGCGCCCUUCAUGGUCCAUCGUCGCCCUUCGUCUGCUUCUGGUCCUGUCCGGGCAUCAUCACAUAGUACGAACAGUCGACGAGAUACUUCGUCUUCCAUCUCAGGCACUACGUCAUAUUCUUCACAUACUACAAGCACCUCAUCAUCGGCAUCUCCUGACCAUCACCCAUACACCAUUCGCCCCUUGCCAACAGUACCUGCCUCUCCGCAAAACUCGAGGAUAGCACAGUCCCCUCCUUCAGCUUAUACUCGAGGACACUCAUCUGAGCAUCCACGACCGCACAAACGGCCAGCGCUGUCAUCUCAUGACUUUGAACCGCCAAGAUCGCCUAAAUUCCCAGCUCGGCCGACAACUGCAGGUGCUACGCUUGGUUCACGCUCCUCUGCAGCUAUACCUCAGGACCGUAAUCUUUCUCCAUUGCCAGCUACUACGGGUGAUCUAUUCAAUGGGACAUAUAGUAACACGCCCGCGACACUGCCUCGUUCAGACAACGGCAAGACGCAGGCGAAAAGUAAUUUGUACGAGGAAGGCGCGACAGGCCUGUCUGGACGGUCAAGGUCAGCACAUGCGUCUACCGCCCUGGAGGCAGUUUUGCAAUCUAGCACUUCCACCUACACUACUAGUGCUAUGAAGCGGGCAAGUCGGAAGUUGAGCUUUACCGCAUCAUUCCCGUUUGGGCGCAAGGAUAAGCAGCGCUAGAAGGGGAGAGAGCUGGAAUAAGUGUCCCGGAUCACCCACUCCUCGUCUCUUGCUUGUCCAGAGCCUGACGCACGUCGAACUUGUAUUCUAUGGUAAAGAUGUGUUUACCUAUAUCUUGUUUAAUGAUCUUCGUUCCCAUUUCUUGCUUAAGCAGCUGCCUCGCGGAAAGGCUUCAGUCAUCUAUUUUAACUACAAUCGCAUACUAUGCUUGUAUUCGUGCAAAGCGGAGAGUUCUUGUUGCACGUAUCCUACCGUUACAUCAUGGCUCAUUCAUCUCUAACUUACCUCGUCGCGUCUGUAUCAAUUUCAUGUUGUAUGUUAGAAU